AUGGAUCUUAAAGGCCAUCGGCAGCCCAAGCCGGACGUGCGAUGUUUUGCGGCCAAGCUCUCCAGCCUGGAGGAUCCAGCCUGGAAGAUCCAGCCUGGAGGAUCCAGCCUGCAAGAUCCAGCCUCCAGGAGCCAACCUUCAGGACCCAGCCUCCAGGAUACAGUUCCAGGUUCCGGCCUCCAGGAUCCAGCCUCCAGGAUCCAGCCUCCAGGAUCCAGCCUUGAGGAUAAAGCCUCCAGGAUCCAGCCUCCAGGAUCCAGCCUUGAGGAUAAAGCCUCCAGGAUCCAGCCACCAGGAUCCAGCCUUGAGGAUCCAGCCAACAGGAUCCAGCCUCCAGGAUCCAGCCUCCAGGAUCCAGCCUCCAGGAUCCAGCCUCUAGGAUCAAGCCUCCAGGAUCCAGCCUUGAGGAUCAAGCCUCCAGGAUCCGGCCUUGAGGAUCAAGCCUCCGGGAUCCGGCCUCCAGGAUGCAGCCUCCAAGAUCCAGCCUCCAGGAUCCAGCCUCCAGGAUCCAGCCUCGAAGAUAAAGCCUCCAGGAGCCAACCUUCAGGAUCUAGCCUUAAGGAUCCAGCCUCCAGGUUCCGGCCUCCAGAAUCCAGCCUCCAGGACCCAACCUUCAGGAUCUCGCCUUAA